CUAGGAGGCCGAGGGUCCCCGCAGUCUGUGGGCCAUGGAAGAAGCAGACCGACAGCUCCUUCGGCGGUGCCGGGUGCGGCUGGUCAGCGAGCUGCAGGUGGUCGCGCUCUGGGACGCUCUCCUGAGCCGCGAGCUCUUCACGCCCGACAUGAUCGAGGACAUACAGCGGGCAGGCUCUGGAUCUCGGCGGGAUCAAGCCAGACAGCUGAUCACAGAUCUGGAGACUCGAGGGAGGCAGGCCCUUCCCUUGUUCAUCUCCUGUUUAGAGGACACAGGCCAGGACACGCUGGCAUCAUUCCUGCGAGCCAAUAGGCAAGCAGCAACGCUGUGGGAGCCGACCCCAGGAAAACUUACCCCAGUGGUGCUCAAGCCAGAAACACCCAGGCCAGUGGACACUGGUUCUAGAGGAUUCAGUGAUAUCCGUGCUCCUGAGACAUCAAGGGGAAAUGCGUACGUCCUGAACGCGGACCCUUGUGGCCACUGUCUCAUUAUCAACAACGUGAACUUCUGCCCGGAGUCGGGGCUCAGCACCCGCAUCGGCUCCAAUGUCGACUGUGAGAAGUUGUGGCGUCGCUUCUGCUUAUUGCAUUUUUCGGUGGAGGUGAAGUGCGACCUGACUGCCAAGAAAAUGGUCCUGGCUUUAGUGGAGCUGGCACAGCAGGACCACAGCUCUCUAGACUGCUGCGUGGUGAUCAUCCUCUCUCACGGCUGUCAGGCCAGUCACCGCCAGUUCCCAGGGGCCAUCUAUGGCACAGACGGAUGUCCUGUGUCCCUCGAGAGAAUUGUGAACAUUUUCAAUGGGACUGCCUGCCCCAGCCUGGGUGGGAAGCCCAAGCUCUUCUUCAUCCAGGCCUGUGGAGGGGAGCAGAAAGAUCACGGGUUUGAGGUGGCCUCUGAAGACAGGGCCCCUGAAGGCAGGGCCUCUGGCAGUAACCCGGAGCCAGACGCCACGCCAUUCCAGGAGGGCUCCAGGACCAGUGACCAGCUGGACGCCAUAUCUAGUUUGCCCACACCCAGUGACAUCUUUGUGUCCUACCCCACCUUCCCAGGUUUUGUCUCCUGGAGAGACACCCAGAACGGCUCCUGGUACAUCGAGACCCUGGACAGAGUCUUUGAGCAGUGGGCUCACUCAGAAGACCUGCAGUCCCUCCUGCUUAGGGUUGCUAAUGCUGUUUCGGUGAAAGGGAUUUAUAAACAGAUGCCUGGUUAUAUAAGUUUCCUCCGGAAAAAAUUUUUCUUUAAAACACAAUGAGGCCUGGGCACCUCAUCCUGCCUUAUCUUGCACUCCAGAACCUUCCUGCUCCGGGCCUGGAGGUGGCUGAGGCCGGGACUUGCCUACAACUCAAGGACUUUGCAGUCUAUACAGAGUCUGACCUUUCCCUCUGUGACGACAGGCUUUUAGCAGCUUCCAGAUUGGACACACAUGCUGAGCAGUGGAGGAGGAGGGACAAGAGAAUGCCACGAAUAUCUCGUAGCCUGUUCACCAGUGGCUGGUGCUGGAGUAGUGACUGUGGUGUGUGGCCCCUGUGUUUUCUGUGACGGGGAUUACCCUGUGUGUGGAUAUCCUCUGUCAAACAGGUUAUUCAGCACCAUCGCUGGCCUCUACCCACUUGAUGCCAGAAGCACGUCUCCCCGAGAGGUGUACCAACUAGAAAUGUCUUCAGACAUUGCCAAAUGUGCCCAGGGGAACAAAAUUGCCCCCACUCAAGAAUCGCUGAUCUGUAGAGAUUUUUGACUGCAAACAAACCAACAUCUCUCUGAGAUCAACAAGUUGGGGCCUUCUAGAGUCUGAACAGCUACAAUCUGUGAGUUCUAAAGGAAGUUUUAAAAGUUGUUAAUUUUUUUCUAUAUCAUUCUAAAAAAAUAAAUCUUAGGCAAAUAUGGGUCUCUUUGGCCUUUUUCUCCCUCAUUUUGCUCCAACUCUUUAUUCUUC